GGGAUGGUCCACAUGAAAAUUUCUAUACUUCUGGAUCCCUCUCCAUUUUUUCUUUGCUCCCUAUUCUCACGCCAAACACUCUUGUUUGCCGGCACUUCCUAAAGAACAAAUCCAAGGAGCUCCAUUUACACCAGUUCCAGAAGACUAACAUAUAUUUACUAAGAGGGAGAAAAGAAAGGGAUUUAACCAUGAAGUGGAGUGUAGCACUGUUUUUUGCUGGACUAUUUGGUGCCUUGGGGACAGUCUUCAUCCUCCUGUCAUUUGGUACAGAUUAUUGGCUCUUGGCUUUGGAGACUUGCAAACCAAAUUCGGAUAUUUCAGAGCAUGGGCAUUCGAUGGUGAACCCAACUGCAGACGAAGGAAACUCCACCUUUCACCAUGAGGGCUUUUUCUGGCGCUGCUCAUUUAAAGGAAGAGGGGAUGAGGACAUCAUUUUGAAGUUCUGGUUCACAAACCAGCCACACUCCAAGGAGUGCAUGCAAUCCUACCUGUUUCCCUUCCCUGUCUCUGAACAGACCCACAAUGCAACCACUUACGAGUCUGCCAUCAUCUACAGAGGCUUCUGGAGUGUUUUCAUGCUGUUGGGUGUGGUCGCAGUCAUCUUGGGUGGCUUCAUCAUAAUCUGUGCUGCACCAUUCACCAAUUCCUGCCUGUAUAAAGCAGGUGGUAGCCUCUACCUCAUAGCUGGUGUCUUCAUCCUUCUUGCCACUGUGCUGUCUGUCAUCUGGUUGGAGGUGAUGGAUAUGGUGGGUUUGUAUGUAGAGUACCAAAAAAGUCACGGUUGUCCAAGCCUUCAGCUGAAUAUUACAUAUGGCCUUUCCUUUAUGUUCGCCCCAGUGGGCGUGUUCUUCUCCAUACUCUCUGGCCUGCUCUUUCUCCUGAUUGGACGGGCACUGAAGAAGCAUUAUUAAUAAGCAUCUUAAUGUCUAGAAGACAGGCAUUUGUUUGUGUCCUAGAUUAUAACUAUAUUGCAGUGAGUGUAUAGAAUUAAUACUUGUUAACAUCUUUGUAUUCUUUGCUAGAGGGGGAGGUUCUCUAUCCUGACAGUGCGGGAUUCAGAGAAAUUUAUUCAUAUGCAUGUUUUCAUUGGAGGAAAAUGGCAGAUAUGGGCAAUAGGUUUGGGAAAAUUACUUUACCAGUAGGCUUUUUUUUUCUUGCCAGACUAUCUCCAACAUUGUUAUAAAUUGAGUACUGUAACCCUGUUAUAUUGUGCUACUAGAUUAGGGAUGAUAUGGGAUCACUUGAUGUGUGUGGGUGUGGGGCCAUCCUUCCACAUGUAUAGGAUGAUCUUACAGUUUUCUUUAAAAUUCUCUGCUACUUUUAUGAUUUACACUACUGGUCAAAGGGUGGGACACAUAUAGAGAGCUCAUAGAUAGUUAUUCUUCAUUUGUACUAUUUUCUAAGUACAAUCAAGAAGAUAUUAGCAUUGCGAAAUAAUAUAUGGAGGUAGAUAGAGUCCAUAAAUUCUUAAAAGCAUUCACACACCCUUGACGGAUCAUGAGCAAGCUUCACUUCUUUUGAACCCUUGAAGUAGUCAGAGCACUUGUUAAAUUAGAAAUGAAAAUUAUUUGUCUGAGGAAACAAACUGAGUAAUUUAAAAACUACUUGUCUAGAUAUAAACAAAUAUCACUUUUUGAUUCAGCCAGUUACAGACAAGUGAGCAUGUCAACUAGUUCACUUUUUAGUUUGGUCAUAUAUAUUAGUUUCUAUCAGGCUUUACUAAAUGUCCCAAAGACAAUUAAAUAUAUACUCAAUCAUCCUUUUGACUGGUAUUGUGGAUUAUAAAAAAACUAUGUAGAAAUUUCUGUACAUUUCCUAGAAUAUGUAUCUCCAUGCUAAUUAUGAAGACGUUAGUUGGUUUCAAACAUUUAUUAGGAAUAUUUUCGUGUCUUGCAUGUGUGUAAUUUUUUGUUUUCAUUUUAAAGCUUAUUUUUCUACUAGCCCUAAAGGUUAUGACACUUAUUAUACGACUAAGAUGUUUAAUGUUCUUAGUUUUUUCAUGAUUUCCAGAUGAGUGGAACCUUUUCAUCUCAAGCUUAAUUUAAGCUUAAGCUUAA